AUGAAAGUACUCGUAGUUUUCGCCUUGGUUUUGACCACCGCGUGCGCCGGUUUGUUACCUGUUCAAGAGCCAAUUUCCUCCAGUGAUCUGUCCGAGGGUCGGAUCACCAACGGCAAUAAAGCCUCCGCCGGUCAGUUUCCCUACGUGGUGGGACUCAGCUUCAGCAACUAUUAUGGCACCUGGUGGUGCGGUGGAUCCAUCAUCAGCAACGAAUGGGUCCUGACCACUGCCGAAUGCACUUGGAGUGUAAUUGGAGUUGCCUCAAAAGUGACCAUUUACUACGGCUCCAACGUGCGGGGCACCGGCAAGGUGACCCACACCGUUGACUCCAGCAACAUUAUUAGGCACGAAACCUAUAGUGUGUUCUAUAAGGUUAACAACAUUGCCCUGAUCAAGACUCCAUGGGUAUCCUUCACCACCGACAUCCAGAAGGUUGGACUGCCAGUCAUGUCCAGCGCCUACUCCUCUUACGCCGGAGAGUGGGCCACCGCCUGCGGAUGGGGCAAGACCAAAGAUUCUGCAAGCGACUAUUCCAAGAACCUGAUGUACGCGACAUUCGAAGUUAUCUCCGUCGCGGAGUGCCAGAAAGUUUGGAGCGAGAUAGUCGCCUCAUCUAGAGUGAUCUGCGUUAGGACCACCAGCAAGACCUCAAUCUGCCAAGGCGACGGUGGCGGCCCAUUGGUCCUGGGCGGCAAGUACCUCAUCGGUGUGAGCGCCUUCGUAUCCGAGAAAGGCUGUCAGGCCAAUCAACCUGCUGGCUUCGUUCGGGUGACCAGCUACUUGGACUGGAUUAAGGAAAAGUCCGGUGUCUAUUAUUAA